GGAAGAGAGAGAGAGAGAGAGAGAGAAUCUUUUGUGUGUUUCAUACAUGAGAGAUUAUUACAAGGGAAGAAAAGAGAAAUCAUUUAUAUAAAGGGGGGAUUAGAGAGAGAGUUUCCCGCUUUUCUCCAUUUACUAUUUUACAUAGGCAUCUCUCUCUCUCUCUCUCUCACACUUGCUUGCUUGCUAGCAACUCUACACACACACACUACAUUUAUGAAAACGAUGAAGGCUCCAGCUUUCAUUGCUGCUGCUGCAUUGGCAGUAGCCGCUCCUCUCGCUUCGGCUCAAAUCACACAUGAAGUCACCGUCGCUGCAGGCAAACAGCAAGUCUACCAACCAAAUUCAUUGCAAAUUGCUGUAGGAGACACUGUCAAAUUCACUUGGGCCGGUGGUCCACACACGGUUACUCAGAUGGGAAACAAUGGAGACGCUUGCUCACCUCUUGUCGGCGGUGUCGACUCUGGAAAACUCAACGUAACGGGUACUUUUGCUCUCAGAUUCAACACGCCCGGAGGUCGUCUCUUUGGUUGCACCGUCGGACAGCACUGCGCAAACGGAAUGAAAAUGAACAUUGAUGUCCUCCAGGCCGGUGCCUCUCCAUCUGCUCCUCCCCCAACACAAACAGGUGCUCCCGCUCCCGGUGCCUCCGAUACUCCCGUCGUCAUCAAGGUCGGUGCAAACGGUCUCACAUUUGAACCAAAGGAAGUCAACGUUGCCCCCGGUACUUGGGUAAAAUGGGAGUUUGCAGCUGCUACCCACAAUGUCAAGCAAGUCGCCGACCCCAACUCGUGUGAUCCCAUGGCCGGAGGUUUUGCCUCUGCCAACUUGAACGCUGGCGCUUCAUUCAUGCAACAAUUCACCCAACCCGGUCCCAACUACUACGUCUGCACCUUCAACCAGCAUUGCUCAAAGGGAAUGAAGGGCACAGUCAACGUACAAGGAGCAGGAGGAACACCCACGCAAGGCGGAAACAAUCCCACUGGAUCCACAAGCGGAGCAGCAACGACUCACACCAUCACUGUCGGACAGGGCGGCCAAAAGUUCACUCCCGAAACGCUUAGCAUCGCCAAGGGCGACACCGUCAUGUGGAUGUGGGCCGGUGGUCCCCACAACGUCAAGCAAACCGCCGACAAGGACAGUUGCACUCCUAUGGACGGAGGAUUCCAAUCCACCAACCUCCAAACCGGCGGCAUGUUCUCUCGCACAUUUGGUGCCAACGAGACAACCGACAGGAUAUGGUACGUUUGUACUGUCGGCAACCACUGCCAGAACGGCAUGAAGGGUCUCAUCACCCUUGAUGGUACUCCCGGCGGCGGUGCUCCCGCGACGCAGGCGUCAGCGGCACAACCAGGCUCAAGGGCGCGUUUGGCGUUUGGUGGUGUCGCAGCUGGUGUGGCUGCUGCUGCUUUUGUUCUCUAGAACAGAAUCUAGCAUUUUAAUCCGUAGCAUAUAUAGUGUGUGCAGUAUUGUGUAGCAUGUGUUUCCUCAACUCUUGUCUUACCCCUUUUGUUUGUGUUUAAAGCAUUUUUUGAUUAGCAAUGUACUCCUUGGUGUCUAACGUUGGCUGGAUUCGUGCUGGGCACUCUUCCAGAUGCGGGAGGGGGCGGUUGUUGAGAAAAAAAGAAGAGGAAAAGUUUGGGAAAAAACAUUUUAAACUGCACACUCUUUUGAGGGUUCCUGUGUUUGUUGUGUGUUUUUUUCUUGGCUUGUCGUUCUUUUAUCUCUGUCUCGGCAUGUAAAUAUAGAAGCGUUGACAAAAAAGUAAUUUCAUUUCCA